GGCUAUAAAGCGGCAACCCCGGAUGUCGUGACGCGCUGGUGGUAGUGAAAGGUCCCCUCUUUUCCCGCAAGAUGGCGAUGUUGGCAGAACCACGUCGCAAACUGAAGUGGUCUAUGGAUCCCCGGAACAGUGCUUGGAGUAAAGAUGAAUCAAAAUUUGGCCAGAAGAUGUUGGAAAAAAUGGGAUGGUCAAAAGGCAAGGGGCUUGGGGCUCAAGAGCAAGGCAACACAGAGCAUAUCAAGGUUCAAGUAAAGAACAACACGUUGGGAUUAGGAGCUUCUGUCAGCCAGGAAGACAACUGGAUUGCUCACCAGGAUGACUUCAACCAGCUUUUGGCAGAGCUGAAUAAUUGUUAUGCACAAGAUGCCCCAGAAUCUACUUGCAAAGAUAGAAAGAAAACUUUUAGCCUUGAGGAAAAAUCCAAGACCUCUAGAAAAAGAGUUCACUAUGUGAAAUUUGCCAAAGGAAAAGAUCUCUCUUCUCGAAGUGAAGAUGACCUAUCCUGUAUUUUUGGGAAACGCAAAAUCAAGAAAAUGCAAGUUGAUGCUGUUAGCACAGGCUCUCUAGAGGAGGAUUCAAAAGAAGUGAUCAUGUCACCUGACCAAGUAGACAGGAGCAAUACUGUGACCAGCACUCUUACUGUGCAGGAAUAUUUUGCCAAGCGCAUGAGAAAACUGAAGAAAACCCAACAUUACGUCAAAAUAGAGUCAGCUAAUUCUCCUCCAGUGAUGGCUGAGAAGUUGGAAUGUUUGGAACCCCAGACAAAGAAGAAAAAAGGCCACAAAUAUGCACAGGAUGAGGGUGGAAAACCAAAGAUUAUCUGCACUGGGAUACUUGGUUCAAGUAGAGAUGAACUGGAUGAACUGGACACACAGAAGAAGAAAAGGAAAAAGAAAUCUAAGUAUCUGGACACUAGUAGCAAUCUUAUUUACAAUGGAUCUCAAAUUAGUUCUCAAAAGGCAAGACAGUGUUCCCUUGAAACAUCUAAGGAAGAAAAUAAUGAUUUAGGAGAGCAAAAAUCAAAGAGAAAGAGAAAGAGAAAAAAAGACUGGGAUGUAACUGAGGAUGUUGAAUGCGUAAAACGGAAGAAGAAAUGUCCCAGUUAAUAUAAUUCCUGAUGUUUAAUUUCAGUGAAAUUGUUGGCCUUUUUGUUGUACCUAGGUGUCCAAAUUUAUCCAAAUAAAU